AGCUUGCUCCUCUGCAGCCGGGCGGGCGCUGUGGAACCGGCCGUCGGCAGGGUCUGCUCUUCUCCGCGUCCGGAGACCUGGCUAGAGACUGUCGGUGAAAGAGGGAACGGGGGUUGCACCGGUGAGGGAAAGGAGCGGGACCCCGAGCCUCCGUGAGGAGCACAGAGACAAUGCUGAAAGGAAUGACAAGGCUUAUCUCCAGGGUCCAUAAGUUGGACCCUGGACGAUUUUUGCAUAUGGGGAUCCAGACACCACAAAGCCUUGCUGCUCACCUAGAUAACCAAGUUCCAGUUGAGAGUUCCAGAGCUGUUUCUCGAACUAUUGAGAAUGACCCGGCCAAGCAUGGGGAGCAGCAUGAAGGUCAACACUACAGCAUACCCCUCCAGGAUCUGAAGGCUGUGUUCCCCUGGGGCCUUCCUACUCGCUUUGAAAAGCAGGUGAAGACAUUCAAUGAAGCGUGCCUGAUGGUGAGGAACCCAGCCUUGGAGCUUCUACAUUACCUGAAAAAUACCAAUUUUGCCCAUCCAGCUAUACGCUAUAUCCUCUAUGGGGAGAAGGGAACAGGAAAAACUCUCAGUCUUUGCCAUAUUAUUCAUUUCUGUGCAAAACAGAACUGGCUGAUACUGCAUAUUCCAGACGCCCAUCUUUGGGUAAAAAACUGUCGGGAUCUUCUGCAGUCCACCUACAACAAACAGCGCUUUGAUCAACCUUUAGAGGCCUCGACCUGGCUGAAGAAUUUCAAAACUGCAAAUGAGCGUUUCUUGAGUCAGAUAAAAGUUCAAGAGAAGUAUGUCUGGAAUAAGCGAGAAACCACAGAGAAAGGCAGUCCCUUGGGAGAAGUGGUUGAACAGGGCAUUACACGAGUGAAGUGUGCCACAGAUGCAGUUGGGAUUGUGCUUAAAGAGCUAAAAAGGCAAACUUCUUUGGGUGUUUUCCACCUUCUGGUGGCAGUGGAUGGAGUCAAUGCUCUCUGGGGAAGGACGACACUAAAAAGAGAAGAUAAAACCCUGAUUGCCCCAGAGGAAUUAGCACUUAUUUACAACAUGAGGAAAAUGCUGAAAAAUGAUUGGCACGGAGGUGCCAUUGUGUUGACUUUGAGCCAGACGGGUUCUCUCUUUAAGCCCCGGAAUGCCUAUCUGCCCCAGGAGUUGCUGGGAAAGGAAGGAUUUGAUGCCCUGGACCCCUUUAUUCCCAUCUUGGUUUCCAACUAUAACCCAAAGGAAUUUGAAAGUUGUAUUCAGUAUUACUUGGAGAACAAUUGGCUUCAGCACAAGAAUGCUCACACAGAAGAAGGAAAAAAGGAACUGCUAUUCCUAAGUAAUGGGAAUCCUGGGCAGCUGGAGCGACUCUGUGCCUACCUCUGAGCUGUGCUCACAGAAGCGUGUCUGGGCCCAUCAGAUGGGGAGUCCGCAGUGCACGUGGGACUGGGCAGCACCACAGUUGGCUCCGGACCUCCACUGGGAGCAGCUGCUUUGUGAAGUGACUGAUGGUGAUAAGACAACUGCUGUUCCUGAAACUAAUAUCAGUUUAUUAAAUGUGAAAU